AUGCAUUUGUACAAGCCUGCCUGCACAGAUAUCCCACCCCACAAGCCAAGCCUGCAAAAGCCAAGUGAAGCACUCUUGAAAGGUAAAAAGCAAAGUGCGGGUCCCAGAGCCUGCCCUCCUGCUGCAGGCUGGCCAGGGAAGCCGAGCCAAGCCACCGAGCUGAAGCAGCUGGAGAAGUUCCUGCACCUGCAUGGGCUGUCACUGCAGGAGACUGUGGGAGCUGAGACAGGAAUGAAGUACAGAAACCUUGGAAAAUCCGGAUUGAGAGUCUCAUGCCUCGGGCUGGGCACAUGGGUCACUUUUGGAGGUCAAAUCUCAGAUGAGGUGGCUGAGCAGCUGAUGACCAUUGCCUAUGAGAGCGGCGUCAACUUGUUUGACACAGCUGAAGUGUAUGCAGCUGGCAAGGCUGAGGUCAUCCUGGGGAACAUCCUGAAGAAGAAGGGCUGGAGACGGUCCAGUCUGGUCAUAACAACAAAACUGUACUGGGGUGGAAAAGCUGAAACUGAAAGAGGGCUUUCAAGAAAACACAUCAUUGAAGGGCUAAAGGCUUCUCUCCAGAGACUGCAGCUGGAAUAUGUGGAUGUUGUCUUUGCCAACCGGCCAGACAAUAAUACCCCCAUGGAAGAAAUCGUCCGAGCAAUGACACAUGUAAUAAAUCAAGGCAUGGCGAUGUACUGGGGAACGUCGCGCUGGAGCGCUAUGGAGAUCAUGGAAGCCUAUUCCGUAGCCAGGCAGUUUAACAUGAUACCACCUGUGUGUGAACAAGCUGAAUACCAUCUUUUUCAAAGGGAGAAAGUGGAGGUUCAGCUGCCGGAAUUAUAUCACAAAAUUGGGGUCGGAGCAAUGACAUGGUCCCCACUAGCCUGUGGGAUCAUCUCAGGGAAAUAUGGCAAUGGGGUCCCUGAAAGCUCAAGGGCUGCAUUAAAGUGCUACCAGUGGCUGAAAGAGAAAAUCAUAAGUGAGGAAGGCAGAAAGCAGCAGGUGAAGCUGAAAGACCUGUCACCCAUCGCUGUGCGCCUCGGUUGCACUCUGCCUCAGCUGGCUGUCGCAUGGUGCCUGAGAAACGAGGGUGUGAGCUCUGUCCUUCUAGGAUCUUCCAACCCAGAGCAGCUGAUAGAGAACCUUGGAGCCAUACAGGUCCUUCCAAAAAUGACAUCCCAUAUUGUAAAUGAAAUAGAUAAUAUUCUGGGAAAUAAGCCCUACAGCAAGAAGGACUACAGAUCAUAAUGCAAUGCAUGAAUUACCUGGACUGCAUGGUUUUAGAAGUGCUCUGUACGGAAGUACAGCCCCGAAUUAAUAUCCGGUCAUGAGAAUCAUUCAGCAGCUUGCUGCUCGGUGUCUAAUGUCACUGGAUCCUUCGAGAUGUGUGCUAUUGCUACUAAUCUGCAGUGAAAUUUCAAAGCACAGUUGAUCUCUCUUCUAACCAAGAAUAAUACUGUAUUUUCUUACCUUCGACUGAAUUCAUUAAUUUUUACUUUACUCUUAGCACCUCAUGCUUGUGCUGUGAAAAACACUUGUAAAGCAAAAAAUAAUUUAUAACCUUCAGGUACUUGGUAAUUAACAAAGGAUGUACAGAUCUAUUUUUCAAUGAAGAAAAGCCAGAUACAACUUAAGGUUUUAAUAAAACCACAUUUGGGAUAUCUCAA